UUAGUAUCCGAUCCAUAGUGCAUUUCCCAGAACCGCUACUACCAGAAGUGACGUCACCACAAGGCGACGAACACACAAAGAUGGCGGCUGCCAGCGAAAAUACAACCAAAGAUUUACACGCGGUGAAAAAGAAAACGACUCCAGUUCGUUACUGGCACCAGCUGAAAGAUGGCAAGGAAAAAGGAGAAAAGAAGAACAACCAAGGACGCUGGAAAAAAAUCAUAUCCGGAAAACGGGAUGUUUUCCCAGGAUCCGCUCCUAUUCCAAAGGCCAGGAUGAAGAAAUUUGCCAGGAAAGAGAAAUCGAACGAGCAGAUCUCAAGACACUUUUCCAAGCUGAAAGCUGCCGUUGCUCAAUCAGAUGAAACCUCAGAAUUGGCUCAAAAACAAGCAGCCCGGUUUGACCUUUUACUCCCGGAGGAAGCAGGAUUUCUGGAAGGAGACGAAGGCGAGGACACGUGUUCAAUCUCACAGUGUGACAUUGCAGAGGCUGUGGAUAUAACGUCUGGGGCUAAGUAUUUUAACUUGAACCUGGCUCAAUUUGGACCGUAUCGGCUGGAUUACAGCAAGACUGGACGUCACCUGCUUCUUGGUGGAAGGAGAGGCCAUGUCGCUUGUCUUGACUGGCAAACCAAACAGCUAAUGUGUGAGAUAAACGUGAUGGAGUCCAUCAAUGAAGUUAGAUGGCUUCACACUGAGAGCAUGUUUGCGGCGGCUCAGAAGAAGUGGCUGUACAUCUACGACUCAAAUGGAAUAGAGCUUCACUGCAUUCGCAAAUUCAACGAUGUCCUUCGCAUGCAGUUUCUGCCCUACCACUUUCUGCUUGCUACAGCUAGCGCUACAGGUUUCCUGCAAUACCUCGACGUGUCUGUGGGUAAAGAGGUGGCGGCCAUCGCCACCAAGAUGGGGCGCCUUGAUGUGAUGUGCCAGAAUCCCUACAAUGCCAUUAUCCACCUCGGCCACCCUAACGGCACAGUCAGCUUCUGGGCGCCCAAUCAGAAAGAAGCCGUCGUCAAGAUGCUCUGUCACCAGGGUGGAGUACGCUCUGUCACCGUGGACAAGACGGGAACAUAUAUGGUGACAUCAGGCAUGGACAAAAAACUCAAGGUGUUUGAUGUCAGAACAUUUAAAACCGUCAAGUCUUACUUCCUGCCUGGCGGAGCUUCAUGUUUGUCACUGAGCCAGCGAGGGCUGUUGUCCGCAGCCACGGGGGAUGUCGUCCAGGUUUACAGGGACGUGUGGGCUUCUGAAACCGUGACUAAACCCUACAUGGCUCACAGAGUGCGGGCGCCCGCUUGUGCGCUGCACUUUUGUCCCCACGAGGACGUGCUGGGGAUCGGGCAUGGACAUGGCUUCACUAGCAUGCUGGUACCAGGAGCGGGCGAGCCGAACUUUGACGGCCUGGAUUCAAAUCCAUUCCGCAGUGCUAAACAGAGGCAGGAAUGGGAGGUCAAGGCCCUGCUAGAAAAGAUCCACCCUGAUCUCAUCAGUCUGGACCCCAGAGAACUGGGGAAGGUGGAUGUCGCCACCUUCCAGCAAAGACACCAAGACCGAGUGGAAGCGCUGGGCUUCGAUCCUCUUGCCAAAGAAAGAUUUGUCCCCAAGCAUAAGAAAAAAGGUCGCAGCUCAACUGGCAAUUUGGAAAGGAGAAAGAAACAAGUGGCUCACGGCGAACAGAGGACUCUAAUAGCUCAAAGUAUGGAGGACAAAAUGAAGAUACAGAAGGAAAGAAAAGCAAAGCAAUUGAAGGCAUCGGCAUUAGCAAGCCAAAAAUCGUCUCUGGACCGAUUCAGGAAAUAACAGCGGACGAUGCAUUUUGGCUGCCAAAACCAGGUGACGUCCUGUGAGCAUCCCUUGUAUGAGAACAAAACACAUCAUGUCCCAAAACCAGAUAGAGAAAAUUAAUUGGAUGAGGAAUGUUCAUUGGUAAUCAAUGUUGAGUGCUGUGGUGGUGGGGGGGGGGCGACCUUUUUUUAAUGCCUUUACCCCAUGGCGCUUUUUUGUCAGCAUGGGCGGCUAUUAAAUGGCACGUGCUCUCCUGACCUUGACCGUGUUUUCAUACGUGAACAAACCGGAUUUGUCAGAUAAAAGAAGACAAGAUUGAAAAUUAGUACAGAAAAUAAUACAGCUUGGCUUUGUAGGUUGUGGGUAAUACCACAGAAGUAUUUAACAUGGGCUAAUUAACAUCUAACAGCCCCACCUACAUGAUACUAAAUACUGUAUGUUUUGCCUUGGAAAGUAGACAUUAAAACCAGACACCAGAUCACAUCUCACGUGUUAAUAAUAUAUAAAUACUAUUUUUUUAAAAUCUAAUUCCAAUAAAAUUCAGCAUUUUUAUAAAGUUAGAAUACUCAAGGCCUCAUACUUCUAUCAUUUUUUUUAUUAUUGUGAUUGUAGUUUAUUUUAACGGCACAACCAAGUCACAACAUAAAGUCAUGUAAAGGUGUCAGUAAGUAUAAGUCAAAGGCCAGCCACACCUUCAUCACCUUAUGAGGACUUUGACAGGCUUUCUUGUGUUUCCUGCAGCUGGUUAAUUAUUAAUUAUUGCACACUUUAUUUUCAGUACUCGGAAACGUAGCAUAUUGAAACCUAGCAUAUUGAAAUAAAGCAAGGAAACGAAAAUACCAAAAAUGUUUAUUAACUGAUUGCAUUCCAUUCAUCAUAUUUCCUGAGUGUAAACAUAUUCUCUCCUGUCGUGUAGAAAAGCUGCUUCGGUUACAUUAACCCCACCUCAUCAACGCAACGCCGAGCUCAUGUUUACCCUUGCCGUAAAACACAUUAUAAAUACUGCUGAGAGUGAGACGAGAGGGUAUCAUGUUAUUUCUCUUCCCUACUGCUUCUAAAGUAAGAUUUUCUCUUUUAACAUUCUAUUUAAUUAAAAGUAUACUGUGCUUACACGUACUUGAUACAGAUAUCACUUUAAACAGUUAAUUACAUAGUACAUACAUGGUCACAUUUUGCUUGUCCGGGAAACAUUAAGCAUUAAACAAAAAUAAGUCAGUGCUUUAAAAGUCGACACAAUUCCAUUUCCAGUUGAGAUGAAGUACAACGUAGUACAUGUUACACGUAUGAAGGCAUGCAGCCUACAGGGGUGACAUAAUUCUAUUACGUAGCCAAUAAAGCCAGAUAUUGUUUGCCAUUGCUUCUUUUUAGCAGUUGUGCGACCUGCUAAUACUUUUUUCCUAACCUUUUACAAUUUUUAAUCAAACAUCAGGGGUGCAAUAAUACGUGUAUCGGCAUCAAACCGUUCGACGCAGGCAUCACGCUUCGGUAUGUAAGAAAUCCGUGCUGAAAGCUCAAUGUAUCUGCGAUCGACUACUAUGGCUUAGGUUGCAUUGUCAAGCGCUGAGCUGUGCCUUGUACUAUUUUUAUUGGUAAUUUCAGUCAUUCAUUCAUUUUCUAUCACUUAUCCUCACCGGGGUCGCGGGCGUGCUGGAGCCUAUCCCAGCUGUCUUCAGGCGAGAGGUGGGGUACACCCUUGACUGGUGGCCAGCCAAUCACAGGGCACAUAUAGACAAACAACCAUUCACACUCACAUUCAUACCUGUGGCCAAUUAACCUAGCAUGUUUUUGGAACUCACCGGAAAGAACCCAUGGAGAGAGAUGGCCCAGAGUUGAAUUGAACUCCUAGCUGUGAAGCCUGCGGGCUAACCACUCGUCCACCGUGCAGCCUUAUACCAGCCAUUAAAUUCAAAUUAGAAGAGGCAAUUUUGUGAAAAUAUUGAACCUUAAGACAAAGGAAUCGAACUGCGAUUUGUGUGCAUCAUUGCGCGCCUGUAAAACGUGUUCUUUAGCUCUCAUUAUGAAACUUGCUCAAAUCAGCAAUGCCAAAUAAAUAAGGUAAUCAAUGCUAGUCACUCAGUAGUAUUCAUA